AUGGAGACAGCAGCUCUGGUAGCUCCAGUCACAGCUCUGGAGUUUCUUCAGGACCAAUUUCUCCUCGCAGGUGAGCAGCACUAAAUAAAGAAGCAACUCUACUGUUUCCAAUCCACAUUAUCUCACUGUCACAACUUCACUUCACUUGUGUCGCAUAUGAAACAUCGAUCUUGAUUGAAACCUAAACUAUACUGUCCUGGCAGGUGAGGGUCCAGUCUUGACGGUGUACAGUCUCCAGCAGUGCCCCAAAGCCUGUGCCUGGCUAAGUGUGCUCCAGCAUCACAGAAUCCAUGGGAUCAGACCCAGACAUCCAACUGCUGUCAUAAUGCCGAGCUCUGUCACAGAGACUUCUGAACAGAGCACUGAUGGUGAGGACAAGCGGAAAUUUGUUUUAACUUUUUUAAUACUCUGACACAAGAUCUUCCAUCUGAGUUUGUAAAGGUAAAAAGGGGGUAACCCUAAUUAGUGGUGGUGGAUGUUUAGACUCGUUCUGUUUAUAUAUGAGCUUAAGUUUUCAGAUUUGUGAGUAGGGGAGAGUGGGGUAAGUUGAGCCAACCGCUGUUGCUUGGAAAUGGUAAAAGGAAUCGAUCAUGUGACCAAGUAUUUUGGAGAUAGGCAUCAAUUCAUGAAGUCUGUGAAGGUUAGAAGCACAUGGGUAAAGGGGUUAGACAUUUAUUUAAAAAAAAUCACUCUCAAAAGUGAAUUUAGUCUGUCAUAAAUUUUAUUAGAAUUGUGUUCAGACUAAAAAAAGAUCAUUUUAAAUUUGUUUUAUGUAUCAAUUGUGGUAUCUAUGAGCUACAACAUGAGAUCAAAAACCUAACAUAAAAGUCCACCAUUUUAGCUUAGAGGACUAAUAAAGUCAUUAUAGUAGUUCUGGGGUAAGUUGAGCCAGUGGUCCAACUGAGAAAGUAAAGGAGUCUGAUGAGAGGAUCAGAGUUUCACUUCAGAUUGUUGAAAUGUGUUACUUUUUCUUUUCAAAAAUACUGCUGUGAAUGUUCUGAAUCAUCUAAAGGCAUUCUCAUGUUAAAAUGGCUUUGUACAAAACAGCUUUUUAGCAGUUACAUGCAAUAAUAAUAAAAAGAAUUAUUGUACCAGUUGAAUAGCGUAUAAUAGAUAAAAAUAUAAAUGAAUGUGAAGAAGUGACUGUUAUUUAGGGAAAGAGAAGGUGAGGAAGGGGUGGGAUAGUAAGGAUACAGCUCAACUUACCCCGCUCCUAUGGAGACCACUUCUUUUUGGCAUGCUAAAUUAUCAAGUCAGUUCUGUUUACACUCAUUCUGUUGGUUUGCAGGGAUGCACAACAUCUUGAAAUAUAUAUCGAUACACUAGUUAGAGACAAAACAAAACAAUGAUUGCCUUGAUGUAGUGAUUCGAAAUAUGAAAAACGACUCAUCUUACCCCAUUCUCCUCUAUAGUUUCAAUUUUUAUGUGUGAAGUUGUAGAAAUUUUUAAGUGGUAGUUCAAGCAAAAAAUAUGUUGAGGGUGAUUUACAGACAUGAUAAAUUGGUCAAAUGCAUAACCAAUCAAAAUACCAAUGUAUUUUUGCAUGUGAUGACUGGCUAAAGAACUGUUAUGUAAUGGUUAGUGGUUGAUUCAGAGUUACAGGCCACCAGUUUCUACAGCUGAUGGUUUUUUUUUAAAGUCCUUUCUCAUCCUUUCAACCUACAGAACUGAACUCUGCUGCUCAGCCCAUCUUCUAUGACCUUGCAGUGUUUGGAGGUAAAUCUGUGAGGCUGGUAAGGCUCUAUGUGGAUUUCAGUGACGAGAGGCAUCUUCGCUUUGAGAUUCUUGGCCCUCUCAUGGAGCUGCAUGACUGGGCCCUGGAUGUCCACUGGCUCUCUGGAGACAAGUGCUCAUGGCUCUGUGUGGCUGUAGCUCACAAUAGUGUUUUGCUACUGGAUGUCAUUAGAGGACAUGCCCUGGUUCAGCGCUCCUGUCUGGAGGGGUGUCUUCUAUACUCUGCCCUCCUUCUGGUGCAUGAGUCUUGGACAGAUACAGUCUUAGUUGGAGGGACAGUUUUCAACCAGCUGGUUGUCUGGAAGCCUGGAGGUGGGGAUGAAAAAUCUGAGCUCAAAGCUCCUGUUGAGAGACGUCUGCUGGGGCACAGCGGGGUCAUCUUCAGCAUCUCAUACCUCCAGGAGAAAGGAUGGCUGGCUUCGGCCUCUGAUGAUCGGAGUGUGAGAGUCUGGGGUGUUGGGGCUUUAGGAGGACCUGGAGGGGAAUGUGGAGACUUGAACCCAUCAUGUUUAAGAGUUCUAUAUGGACACCAGGCAAGGGUCUUCUCUGUCCGCCUCUCCCCAGGGAAAGUAUUCAGUGCAGGUGAAGAUGGGGCCUGUUUAGUUUGGGGUUGGGCUGGAGGUGGUAAAGUGGUCCGGACAUUAAAGGGACAUAAAGCUGGGGGUGUUCGUGCACUGGCAGUCAGUGAGGGAAUGGAAAAUAAAGAGCGAUGGGUAGCUACAGGGGGAGCAGAUGGAGGGGUUCGAUUAUGGAGAGUAGAGAAUGAAGAGAAGAAUGAGACAACAGAGGACACAGUGACAGAGAAGCUAAGUGAUCUGAAAUUUACAGGUCACGGCUUGCCUAAAGUGGUUUGUACUGCAGGGGGAGAAGAUAAAUAUGCACGUUGGACUGGGAGUACAUUCGUGGUUUGCACUGACCAAGGACUAGUGUACAAGCACAGUAAUGGAAAGUGGGAGAUAGUCUGGAAAGGGACCCCUGAGUUUCAGUCUUAUUGUGUGAUGGAAUCAGUUUCUGUCAGUGUGAAAGACUCAGAAGCAAAAGUUAGUUUAUGUGCCGUGGGAAACCUCACCGGGUCUGUACAGGUCUUCCCAAUCUCUCAACCUCAGAGUGGGAUUCUUCUCACUGGUGGAUCAGGGAAGAUCCACAGUCUUAUAUGGAAAGAAGCCAAAGAAAAUCUGUAUUUACUAGCAUCAGGUGCUGGAGGUCUCGUCCAUCGCUGGUGCAUAAAAGUAGAGUUAGAUGACAGCUGUUUCAUUAAUGUUAGUGUAAAUCCUCUUUGUCCUUUCCUUCUUCCCCUGUGUGCCAAACGCUGGCUGACAGCAGCGGUGCUCCUCCACUCCACAUCACAGGGGCUGCUGUGGGUCUGUGGGGACAGGAGAGGGUCUCUUCUCUUGUUUCAGGAAGAAGUAAAACUUGAACAAAAGUUAGAAGAUAAUGGAAAGAUGGCUGAGAACUUGCUUACAGACAGGAAACAGACUGUUAAAAAAGAGGAGGUAGCUGAGGGGAAAGACCACACAGGAUUAGGUGUGAUGAAGGAAGAAGAGCAACAUUGCAAAGAUGCGAAAGAGCCAACGCUUCAGUCACUAAGCUGCUUGUUUGGAGUGCAUGGAAAACAGGGUGUAACUUCACUGUGUGAACACCAGGGACUGCUUUACAGCACUGGCAGGGAUGGAUGUGUGAGAGUCUUCAGAGUGCAUCCGUCACCACCAGGAAAACCAGAAGAAAGGGGUCUUGAAAAUAAUGCGGAAAACAAGGGAAGUCUUAAGUUGAAGGUUCUAAGAGUGCAGCGUGCCUGCAAGGGAAUGGAGUGGCUGGAGAGGGUUUUGUUUCUCGAAUGUGACAAUGCAGUAAAGGAACAAGAGGAAGAGGAGCCUUUAGGAGGAUUUGAGAAUCACAAAAGGGAAGAAGAAAUGACAGAAAACAGGGGAAGAGAGGCUAGGUUUGUCAUUGUGGGUUUCCACGCUGUCCAGUUUGUUGUGUGGGAUCCAGUGAGGCAGGAGAAACUGCUAGCAGUACCUUGUGGUGGGGGGCAUCGCUCAUGGAGUCUCUGGCCACCUAACAUGGGGGUUUGGCCUGGAUAUGGAGUCCUGGUCUUCAUUAAACAGGGGGCUGUCCUGGCUUCCCAACCUCCAGGAGAGGAACUGAGCCAGGCUGGGGAUGCAGGAAGGACUGGUGGAUGGGUACGGAGGGAGGGUGUCCAUGGUAGGGGGAUUGGGUGUGUAUGCAGGCUGGGGAAGAUCAACGGGAGUAAGAAUGAGAUGCAAACAAAGAGGGAUGAACAUUUGAUGGAAAUGGACAGAAGACAAAGGAAUGAAAUGAGAUACUGGGAAAUAGUCGUCACAGGAGGAGAGGACACCAGCUUAACUGUCCUGGCCAUUAAUCCCAACUCUGGCAGCACCAAAGUCCUCUCAGUCAUCACAGACCACAUCUCAAGCGUUCGGACAAUAACAGCAAUAACAGGUCCAGAGGGAGAGAGUAAAAAGCGGACACAGUCUCUCUCCGCCCUGCUCGUGUCAGCUGGUGGGCGAGCUCAGAUGCAGUGUUACCGGCUGUUGAUCAGCUGGGAUGAGCAGAGACUGGCUCCCUCAUGUCAGGUGAUCCAGGUGGCCAGCCACAGAUUGGACGACCAGUGGGAGAGACGGAGGAACCGACACAAGACAGUGAAAAUGGACCCAGAAACAAGGUAGACUCCUACACGAUACAGUACAUACCAAAACAAAGAGACAUAAAAGCAGCCUAGUGCUCUUAUCUAAGAUACUUCUCUCACUUCUACUUUUAAAACCCAUAUGGUUAUGAUUCAUUGCUUUUGUCUGAUGGUUUCAGGUACAUGUGUGUACGGGUCGUGGAUGAAACACCAGAUUGUGUUCUUCUGGCUGUAGCGUGCAGCGAUGGAGCUCUUAGGUUUGUGUGUUAAAAUACCUUACACUUUUUCUCUCUCAGAAGCUGUAUUAAGUUGUACUGUCUAAAAUAUACCUUUCCAAAUGUAUCUCAAAAAUGUUAUUGAUGGAUAAAAUAUUUCUUAACUGUGGCUGAAGACUUGUAACAUGCUGUGUGUUCAAUAAUGAUGUACUCAGCCUCUCCAUCCUGCCUUUCUUUUGUCAUCUAUACUUGUUUUUUUCCAGAUUGUUCUCAAUCAGCGAGGCCAGACACCAAUUUGAUUUGUUGUGGGAAACUUUUUACCACCAGCGCUGUGUGCUCAGCAUCACCACCUGCAGCCUGGAGGAUGAAAAAGGCUUCAGGUUUGCAACUUCCUUUAAGAUUAGUGAUAAUCUUUGACAGGUAACGAUCAGGACGAAACCACUGAUGUUACUUAUGAACCUUUUUUUUUUUUAUAACAGCACUCUAGAAAGCUUGUAUGCAGUAAAAUGUAGAUGAUGAUGAAAUUUGAUAGUUUGCAUUGUACAGUUUUAACCUGCGUUUGUGAAUGUGUUCACAGAAAACGUUUUUUGAAAGUCAUUUAAGCCCAUGCAGUGACUUCAACCAUUCAACAAUGGUACAGAGAUUUCUCUGUAGUUUAUAUUACUAUAGAUAAUGAUACUCCCGAAUUCUUCUUAGUUGUGCACCAAGGAACGUUAUUCUACUUAAUCAUGUUAUUCUCUAAGUAGUUAUUUGCUCACGCAGCCCCUCACAAAGUGACAAAACCCUCUACUCAAAGAUUCAGCCUGACUGACAUGCUCUUUCUACAUCCAGUCCUGCUACUUUGCCCUCACUAGUUGGUAGAUGUUACAUCAGAUGUUUUUUCACAGCAUUACACAACCUUUUCAGUGUUUGUAAUGCUUUUUAAAACCAUCAUAUUUUUCAUAUAAUGUCACAAUUUUUAUUGAAAAAAACCCAAAACAAAAUUCUAGUCUCAACACUUGAUAUGUUUUCUUUUCACUAUUGUCAAUUUUAAUGCAAACCCUCAUUUGUAAACAUAAAAAAAAGGUUUAUCAACAUCUACCCAACCUACCAGCUUUUUCAGAUUAAAGGUUGUACAUCCGUGUUAACCUUUUUAUUUUGGGCAAAUAUGACAGAAAAAUAAUCUCACAUGUGCACUUUGGUGUCACCUUUGGUCUGUAGGUGUAAUCUGCUGUUCAGCGCUGCAACAGAUGGUAAAAUCGUUGUGUGGGAUUUGACUGCGGCUUCCUUCUCAUCAAAUGACACUUCAAGCAGCACCCCAACUCCACCAGUCCCCUGCCUGAUCAUUCCCGCCCAUCAAAGCGGUGUCAACUCAUUGGCUGUUUGGAAAGAAGAGCUGGGACAAGACGGAGGCUGUUGCUUGGUAACAGUUGCUAGCGGGGGGGAUGAUGGGCAGCUGACAGUGUCCACGAUUAGGGUGCAGUACCCAGAAGAAGGGAAGACCGGGGGCAGCAGAGGGUUUACUAAGAUUUUUCAGCCUCCGGCCUCACAACAGGCUCAGGCUCUAACCCCAAACCAGAUUUAUCUUGAGCUCCACUCCCAGUUCAACAUCCCUUUCGCUCAUGCUGCCCCAUUGACAGACCUGAAGCUCCUGAGCCCUGCCCUCCUGGUCUCCACGUCUUCAGAUCAGAGGGUUUGCCUGUGGAAGGUCAGCAGUAAUGGUAUCAGCCACAAGGGGGCGAUGUGCUCUCAUGUUGCAGAUGCUGCAGGACUCUCAGUGUGGGAGCGAGAGAUGAUAGAGGAGGAGGGAGAAGAUGACAAAAGGAAAACAAGGUCUGAGCCCAAGCUGGAGACUGCAGACACAAGACAGAAAGGGAGUCCAACACAGUCAAAACUGAUGCUUAAGACAAGAGGGAGAUUCAAUGUGGGGUAUGAAGAAACAGCUGAUGAGGCCAGAGGAGGGGAACCUGCUGAUGUUGUGAGGGAUCCAAGUAACAAAGUUUCUACAACCAGUGAUGAGACACAGAGCAAAAAGAUGGGAUGGGUGCUGGUCUGUGGACAAGGUUUCCAACUUUUAAGAGUCAGAAAUACAGAGAUGUGGACAGCCAGAGGAGAAAUGGAAAAGCAAAAAGACCAUUACAGAGUCAAAGUGACUUUGCAAGAAAAAUCAGCAUAA